AAUAGCUGUACUUAUUCCUGAGGAUAGAGAUGAUUUCAUUAAUAUUUGGGAUAUUAAUAAAUUAGAUGAGAUAUUGAUCACUUUGUCCUUCCCUUCUCUGUCAAUGCCUAAACUCACUCUUAGCAAUGGACAAUACAUGGCAGUGAACAGUGAUAAUAGUAAUGAUGUACUGGUGUGGUGUUUAACUGAUUUAAUGAAGACCAAGUCACCUGAUCCUCAUGUGACUAUACACAGACAAUCAACUGGUCCUCUAGUCUGGUUCAAUACCGACACACUGAUGACUGCCGCUUCUACAGGAUUCAUACCCAUGCUUCCAGGCUGGGUACCAGGAUUCAGAAGAAUGAAUUACCAAUCACUGACCGGCGAGAUUGAGCUAUGGAAUGUUGGGAAGCAUUAUAAAGACUCCAAGAAACCAACCAGCAAUGUGUAUAAAGUGUCUCAUAUGUACAUGCCCAAUAGUUCAAUGAAGCUCUCCUCAUCAGUGGCUGGUCCAGUGACUCAGUUAGUGUUAAUGAAUGGACGUAUACUGACAACCAGUGGAACUACACUAUCAGUAGUUGAUGCUAGCAAUGGAGACACUGUAGAGUCAUUCACUGACCAUAAAGACACCAUCACUGAUAUAUAUGCUGAUAGUUAUCGUGUAUUAACAUGUUCCAAGGAUUACUCCAUCAGAGUGUACAGGUGGUCCAAUAAUACACUGCUCAGUUUAUAUCAGCUACUGGGAGGAUCAAUAGCACACAAGACACAUGAUGGAUUCCAUAAGGUGUUGUGUUCCUCUGGUACUUGCAUUGGUGUAGCUGGUAAUAUCAUUAAAUUGUACAAUUUCAAUGAAAACAUUAAGAGUUCAUAACUUGGGCAUGUUCGUGAGUGAGAGUGACUUUUG